GGAAACGGCAUGGCUGCUUUGGAGGCAGUUAUGGAUUGUAAGCUAGCGCCUUCAUGUUUGCACCAUUAGCUUCCUCUCUUCCUCGACGCCAUGAAACGUCCCUCAACAUGAAACGACGGAGUUGCUGCUCCUAUGAUCAUGAAGCUAGUUUCGAUCAUGAUCUGGUUUGCUCAGUGCCAUCGUUAUCGAGCUCAUCACGACGCACCACGACCACGUCUACUCCUCCUGUCGUUGAUGUCUUCAAAGUAUCUCUAUAAGAUAUGAUUGUUGAUUCUAACUCUAAGUACUUCUGAUCUUCACACACCUCCAGGUGUGCAAAAAUUUGCGGUUUCGAAAGAGCUCAGCGCGAUCUUGACUUUUGAUGAGGAAGGGGUGUCGGGUCACCGAGACCACAAAGCCUGUUGUUCUGCGGUAAAGACGUUGUUACUCUCCGGUCGGACACCGCGAGUUUCCCACUAUGGUUUUUUACGGAC